UAGGACCCGUGCUAUUGCUGAUAAUGCACAUGGUGAAACGAUAUCACGUGCCUAUGGAUAGAAUAACGGAACAAAAAACAGAAAAUAAACAUGAUCAUUGGGCAGACAGGCCAGAGGGCAAACAAUCCACAACCCCGGCAAUUGUAGCCCUGAGCCCCACAAUGAGAAUCUUAAUAAUUGCAUUGAUAGCCGUAUCUAUGAGUUUAUACGCCGGACUAGAAAUGGCGUAUUUCUCUCACAGCCCCACAUAUUUUCAAUACCUGGCCAUCAGUUUGUCGGCCAAACAGUCGGCCGAUCUGUUAACGGUUGCCACCACUUGCUAUACGUUGGGCCGAAUAUCGGCCGCAUAUAUGGCCAGCAAAUUAAGGCCCGAAGUAAUGCUCGCCAUUCACUAUGUAAUCAUUGGCCUAUCGUUGGGUGUAUUAUAUUUUGGUCAGACAUCGUUGACAGCCAUAUGGAUUGGUAAUGCGUUUUUUGGUUUAGGACUGAGCGCCCUCUGGUCAGCCUAUUUGUCAUUGGGCGAGAAAUUUAUCACGUUGAAUAACAAGAUUACAGCCGUAUUCUCGAUAGCGGCCGGUAUAUUAUGGUUGGCCGCACCCUUCCUAAUCGGGCCCCUCAUUGAACAGCACCCGAACGUUUUAAUGAUACUUGAGCUUGUUUAUUUUGUCCUAUCCAUCGUGGUGUUUACCAUGUUAUGUGUCAUAUUUACAAUUCUCAUACCGUUUUGCCCAAACAUAUGGCUACUCUACUUGUGCUCGUUUAUUGUAGUCAUGGGUAUCGGCGCCUAUGAUAGCAGUACAUCCGUUUGGAUCAUAGAGUUAUGGGCCGAUAAGUCGGCCCUUUGGCUACAGAUAUCAGGCUUUAUGUUUGGCGUGGGCUGUAUUGUGUCGCCAAUGAUUAUCAAACCCUAUCUGACCGGCGAUUUGUCCCGUGGGGUCGGAUCGGCGGCCGCCGACCCGUUAGUAUCCAUAAACAGCACAUUCGUUGACAACAUUAACGAUUCUGUGGACAGACGUGCGCUAAUACAAGUGCCGUAUAUGCUUGUGGGAGCCAUUUGUGCAAUUGGUCCGGUACUAUUUCUAAUAAUGCACCUAGUUAAGCAAUAUCACGUGCCUAUGGACAGGGUUACGCAACAACCAAUAGAGAACAAACAUGAUCAUUUAGCAGACAAGCCAGAGGGCGAGCUCACAACAAGCUCAUCAAUGGUAGCCCUGAGCCCCACAAUGAGGGUCAUAAUAAUAGCAUUAAUAGCCGUAUCGAUGUGUUUGUACUGUGGUAUGGAACAGGUCUACUUUGGAUACAGUGCCACAUAUUAUCAAUACCUGGCCAUCAGUUUGUCGGCCAAACAGUCGGCCGAUCUGAUGAUAGCGCUCACCACUGUCUACACGUUGGGCCGCUUAUUGGCCGCCUAUAUGGCCAGCAAACUGUCGCCCGAAGCGAUACUCGCCAUACACUAUGCAAUCAUCGGCCUAUCGUUGGGUAUAUUAUAUUUUGGUCAGACAUCCAUUAUAGCCAUCUGGAUUGGAAAUGCGCUGAUUGGUUUAGGAUUAAGCGCCCUUUGGUCAGCCUACCUAUCAUUGGGUGAAAAGUUUAUCACGUUAAAUAAUAGGAUUACUGCCAUAUUCUCGAUAGCGGCCGGUCUAUUAGGGUUGGUGUCACCCUUCGUGAUCGGCCCCCUUAUUGAACAGCACCCGAACAUAGUUAUGAUACUCACGUUUGUUUAUUUUGUCCUAUCCAUCGUGGUGUUUACCAUGUUAUGGUGCACUUCUAAGCAAUCACAAAAAUCAAAAUAA